ACCCACUCCCUGCAAUCACUAAGCAAAAGAACCACCCACUGUACUCAGAAGCAAAGCAUCUCUUCAUUCCAAUCAACACCACAUUUCCACCAUGCGCUGCACCCUCCUCGCAACCUGCGCCCUCGGAGCGCUCACCACCGUCCCAUCCACCACCGCCUUCUGGCUCAUCCCUGGCUCCAGCCACUCCCACCACGACGUCACGCCCUCCCAAGACACCCGCGGCGGCGGCGGCUUCCUCCGCAAACUGAUGGGCGGCCGCACCAGCCAAGACCGCACGAACAUAAUGUCCGAAGGCGUCAAACACCCGAGCAUGUCGUCCGAAACCGGCGUCCCGUCCGCGAUGAAGGACACCUCCAUGACCGCCGAAGAUGAGGGCGUCAUGGCCGAUCUGUUGAAAGCCCUCAGCGAAAUGUACACCGACCUCGGCUACACCACCACGCUCGCGAAGGAGCAGCUCUCGCGCGGGAUCUACCUCCGCCAGACCGACGACGUGUACAUGCUCGCCAUGGACGUGCCCGGCCUGCACACCAACGAAGUCACUGUCAGCGCCGACAAGGGCAUAUUGAAGAUCAAAGGCGAGCAUAAAUGCGCCGAUUGGCCGCUCAAGGGCGUCAUGGACGACUCCGGCAAGCCGAAGACGGACCCGCUGUGCAUUGGCCGAUAUUACGAUGCGUCGUUCACGUUCCCCAGCGAUGCGGAGGAGGAGAAGGCGGAGGCGAACCUGGAUGCGGGGGUGGUUAAAGUUGUUGUGCCGAAACUGAAGGGGGAGAAGCGUGGGAUCCAUAGGGUGUUGAAGCUGGGUGGGGACGCGGCGGGGUGGGUCUAUGAAGGUACCGGCGCCAAGGCUGUUGCGGAAGCUACGACCGAUACGGCUCGCAAUGCGUACGAUGCCGCGGCCCAAGGCGCACAACGGGUCGUUGAUACCGUCAUGGGCGCUGGCCGUGACACCGCGGACGGCGCCCGCAACGUCGCUGAUCAAGCUACUGCUUCCGCCAUGUCUGCUGCGAACGCUGCUACGAACAUGGGCGCCCAGGCUACCGACUCGGCGGCUACUGCGGUGCCCAGCAUGAUGCCCGGUGAAGACAACAAAGGCUUCGUCGAACGUAUCCAUGAGCAGUACGUCAAGCCGAUCAAGGAUCGUAUUAUCGCGCCGGGCCAGGGUGGAAGCGAGGGCGCCGUUCCUGUCGUCAACAAGGAGGAGUUGUAAGAUCGGCAUCGCAAAUCAUCCACCCUAUCAACCGAGU